AUGCAAGAAAUUUUCUCGUCAUCAUUUCUAUUAUACACAAGUCGUUUAUUGGAGGAAGAAAUAGUUGGAGUGGCUCUUAUUGUCAUGAUCCUUGUUCUUGCGGCAAUGGUAUUAUAUAUUGUUUUGAGUGAAUAUUUAACUCGGAGACAAAUUCUUGAGACAAGUUGUCGUUUCAUUCGACACAAAGCUUCAUCGGCCUUUCUUGGAGCAACAAUAUCCUUCGAAUCAACAUCAACGCCACAUGUCAUUAUUGGUGGUGGUAUUGCAGGACUAUUAUGUGCAUGUAUUUGCAAAAGCUUUUCAAUUCCAUUCAAACUUUAUGAAAAAGAUUCACAACGAACAGGUGGAUUAUUGGGAACCUUUCAAAUGAUGAUGACGAAUACAAAUAAUGGUAGAGAGGAAAUUAUUGGAAUUGCAGAACAGGCUGCCAAUGGAAUAUUAUGGUCUCAGGAAGUAGAAUAUUUAUUGACCAAAAUUGGAAUUUCUGAUUUGAAUGAGAAACCUGUCAAUGUUGACAACACAUCAUCUCCUAUAUUAAUAACUCCAAAGAAAACAGCCAAAGCAAGAUAUUUCUAUAGAAAUGGAUCUAUUUCUCAACUUCCUUUGACACUUUGGGAAAUAUUGUACGUAUUGUGUUGGAGAAUGUGGAGAUUGCCUUUAAGAACUGGAAAGAAAUCACUUUUUGACACGUUGGAGGAAUUUUUCAUAUUUUACAUGGGAGAAACUGUCACGAGACAAAUCUUAGAACCAGCAUUCAGUGGAAUUUAUGGAACUACAUUGAAUAACCUUUCAUUUGAAGGUACAAUGGUAUUAUUUCCCAAAUUGAUGGAACAUUCGGUAUCUCUUCCUCUUGCUAUUGUGAAAUAUUCAUUGAGAAAUUUAUGGAAUAGAUGUGUUGAAAAGAAACACGACACAAAGAAAACUCAAAACAAAGUAGGAACCACACAUAGCUUUAAAUUUGGAAUGCAACAAUUCAUAGAUGCUCUUCAAAAUUAUGUGGGACAAGAACAUAUCAUUUUAGGGAAAACCAUUGACAAUCUCUGUGAAUUUGAUUUACAAAAUUCUAAAAUCAUUCUUACAACUCCUGCCUAUGAAACAUGUAGGAUUUUAAAUAAUACAUUCAUGACACUUCAUGAGAAUUCUGACAAAUUUGAAGAAUGGCAACAGCAAAUCAUAGACUAUUUAUCUUCCAUACGUUAUACCCCAAUAAUGACAUGCACUGUCAUUGUGAAAAAGAGCGUAUUUCAAAAAUGGAAACCUGGUUUUGGAUGUUUAAUUCCAAGAAAUGAAGGCCUGUCCAUCAUGGGCGUCCUUUUCAAUUCUGAAAUUUUUGAAGAUCGAGUGCUCGAUGAAGCAACCAGUGUGAGUAUGACAGCCAUUCUUCAAGACACGGAUCCUAAUGUCACCGAUGAAAAUAUCCAACAACGAGUUAUUUCUGAACUCGGUCAAUUGUUUUGUGAACAUGGACAUGGGACCAUUCAAAGAAUAUCUCAAAUGAAAUUGUUUCGAUGGAAACAUGGUUUGCCACAAUAUUCUCCCUCUCUACAAGUUGCACGACAUGGCAUUGAUAGAUGGUUAAGACACAUGUGUCCUAAUUUGACAUUGUUUGGAAAUUAUACGGGACAGAUAUCAAUAAGAGGUAUGAUUACAGAAGCUGUGAAACAAAUGUUGAAGGAACAAUGA